AUGCUGCACCGAGGCAGUAAUACCCGCGGCGCGCGCGGCCAGCAGCAGAAUCGUUCAAGAGGAUCAAGAGGUCGCGGUUCGACGAGUCGAGGAGCUUCAAACUCCUCUAGUGAGUACUAUGAUUCUCAAAUCCCUACAGGUCCACGGGCUCUUAGAGAUAGCUCUAAUACCCACUCAUUUCGUGGAGGAUAUCGUGGCAAAGGCCCGAAGAACAAUUACUUAAGAUAUGAACGUAUAGGUACAUCAUCGACGAGCGAUCCUCCAAAUCCAUUCGAGGAAGAACGACUCCAAAAUGCUGCGAAGCGCGAACGGAGGGGCCAAAAUCCUACGAUGGCCAAGGCCCGAGGAGGUAGACAGCUACCCACGCCCAUACAAGGCAAACAGGUCCGAUUCGCAGAUGAACCGGCCGACAACCAGCGAGACUCGUUCACCGAAAGCCCAGUUCCAGCACCACGGAAUCCCUUUGAGACUGCGGUGAACCCCAAUUCUUCCUCUGGAUCCACGGCUACUAGCUCAUUUAAUACCUUUGCUACUAAGAAAGAUGCGCCCGCCAAUCCCUUUGGGGCACCAAGUACUACAAGCAAUCCGUUCGGAGCCCCUUCACAACCAUCUCCGCUUCCCCCUUCGAAAGGCAUAUUUGGUAUGCCUUCGCAACCUCAACCGAACAGCCAUGGGGCAACGGGGCUUGGGAAACCCUCCACAAGCGUCUUUGGAAUGCCGUCGAACACUAGUUCGGGAAAGUCUCUACCGAAUCCUUUCCAAAAAUCCCCGACGCGUAUAUUUGGUACGCCGCCAACCGUUCCCCCAAAUACCCCCCCCGGAGCAUUAUCAAAACCGAAUGGAUCUUCGGGUUCGUCACCCAGUUCAAGUACAUUUGGGGCAUCUUCGAACGGCGUAUCCUCAAACCUUCAAAAAACGUCCUUUGGUACCCCUAGUUCAAUAAGUCCAUUUGGCUCAGCAAGACCUUCGAAUGCAUCCUCGAACUUUGGCGGUGAUUUUCCUAAGCCGGCGACCAAUGGAGCUGGUCGACCAAAAUCUGUUACUCAGGCGAAAUCCCUGGCACCGGUACCCACGCCAUCGUCAGACAAUUCAAAAUCCCGAACCAGUGCACUGGGUAAAAAGAUAGAUCAGCUUCUCCAGAGACAGGGACUAAAUGCGCCGACCUGGCCCAAUUCAAAUCCUGGUGAUGGCCAAUUCAGAGGCUUAGUGGAGGGCUAUUGGAGAGCAUUAAGAAACUACCGGACUAAGGUCCGGGCAUGCCUAAUUAGGGAAGGCAUAAUAGAUGAUCCAGACAAACCCAAGAAACUUAGCGAGGCAAUCAACUUCAAGGGAACAUGUGAGGAUAUGUGUCCCGAGUUUGAAAAAGCGACUAGAAUUUUCGAGCGCGAUGUCAAGAGUGCUGAAAUGGGUACCAGCCCUGCCGGGACACUAUGGCCAGAUACUAAUAAAAUGGUCAAAGCUCUGGCAAGAUCUUCAGCUGGUCAAGAUGCGCCAUUGCCCAUGGAUGUGAGAUCGCCUGCUGCAUUGAGGAGGACGCUUGAUUAUCUGAUUCGCUCAGUUCUGGGCGACGAUGACGAAAACCUUCCUAGAGUUCAUCAUUUUCUCUGGGAUCGAACACGAGCAAUCCGCCGAGAUUUUGUCUUUCAAUCAGCAUUGAGUCGUGACGAGUUGCUUGAUCAAGUGUACUGUCUCGAACAUAUAACCCGGUUUCAUGUCGUCUCAUUGCACCAAAUGUCAAAGAUGGGAGUCGUGCCGGUGGAAGAGUUCUCGGAGCAUCAAGAAGUGGAACAGCUUGGAAAGGCACUUCUCUCACUCAUUCACGCCUACGAGGAUUGCAACGCCCAGAACAUAGAAUGUGAAAACGAGGCCGAAUUCAGAUCGUACUACGUAUUGUUCAACAGCCACAGUCCGGGGAUUUUGAAGACGGUGCAAGAUUGGGGAUGGAAAUUUUGGGGGGAAUCGGAUGAUAUUCGGACUGCAGUCACUCUCGUCGAAACCCUGCAAAAUAUUUGGGACACACAUGGUCCGGUCAAACCAUACUCGACAAUGGACACCGCUCAAAACGCAUACGCCCGAUUCUUCUCCGUCGUCGAGGAUAGAAAGGUAUCAUACACAAUGGCCUGCUUUGCAGAAAUUCAUUUCAAUUUCGUGCGAAAGUCUAUCCUAAAAACCAUCCUGGCAUCAUACCGCAAGCAGCGAGACCAGACCAAGGAUUGGACGCUAUCAAAUUUAAAUCAAUAUUUACGAUUUGACGAUGAAACCGAUAUCGUCUCAUUUGCCGAGGCCUAUGGAUUGCAGUUUGGUGAGGACGAUGACGACUUGUACUUGUCUUUCGAAUCAGAAGGUGUUUCGGAUCCUCACCCGCGGUUGAAGCAGCCGUAUUCCUAUCACCUCGUCGAGCGAAAGCGUGGAAGUCAUUCGCUGCCAGAAGUGAUUGACAGCACUGUUUAUGAUGAGGCUGAGGAGGAAGAGGUUACCCACAGGGAUGUUGUUGGAGCCGGUGAGGAUGAUGAUGAGGAUGAAGGCCUGUUCGUGAAGGAUAAUUUAAAUGAACAGCAAGCCAAACCCCAAAUUUCUUAUCCAUCCUUGGCAGAAUCAGAACACGGUUCUGAGGAUAGGGUCGAUACGGCUUUAGAAACCUCAAAUCAGUCAUCGGUUGUUAACCAAAGCAUUGCAAAACCGCUCUCGUUGUUUGACCGAAUAUCAACGCCGACACCAAUUGGAGGUGGUGUCUUUACGCCUAUUGCCGCCGAGCAAUCCUCUCCCCAGGCGGGCGAUACUCCAUCCAGUUCCUUUUCUGCUUUUGCGGCAAAUAGCAAGCCAAUCUUCGGGAAGCAAGCAGACGGCCCAUUAUUAUUUUCAAGCCACACCGAAGCAAAGCAGCCAGAACCGCCCUCUAUAUUUGCGAAGCCCCCUGAAAGUUCCUCAACUGCUUUUCAAAAAGCCGAAGGACACCCUCUGGGUCCAAAGCAGGAUAAUUUCGCCUCACUAUUUCCGAAAAAGCAGGAGACUGAGCAAGUUCCGCCCUCGGAGCAACCGUCCUCCACGCGACCAUCUAUCACCCAGCCCGGAUCAUUGUUUAAUUUUUCACCACAAGCAUCCCCUUCAGUUCCAGUGGCACAAGCCAGUAGUGGACAGGCUUCAUUUCCAGUAAAUUCUCCUGUCGCUGCAGGAGCCCCUGAGAUUUCAAAGGCCCCGUUUUCCCUUGGAAACCCUCCUGUUGCCGCGCCGACACCAGUUGCGGAGCCUUCAAGUCAAGCGGGUCUUCCUAACAAACAAACCCCUUCAGGCCGGUCGCUAUCCAGCAAUACCUUUGCGCCAGACCCAGCUCCACUUGCACCUACUGUCCAAAUUGCUACGCAGGAUACCACUCAACAAACAUCAACGCACCUUCCAGAAAAGUAUCUUAGUAGUCCGUUUGAGAUGCAUCAACCCGAACUUGUCGACACAAAGCUUGGGACAAAGCAGCUCCCGGCACCUGAUCGAAACGCACAGCUAGCUAAAGUUACUGAAUGGGUUGCACUGGGGACCGACGGGAUAAUCGAUCAGUUCACUUCAUAUACUGUCGAACGGAUCCUAAGCAGAGCAGCAGAGAUAUUCACGAGAGAGGAAGAGCAGCGUGCUGCUAAGGAAGAGGAGACUUUAGCCAAUGAACAGGCGGACAGGUUCAGAUAUCGCUCGUUAGGUACAAAGUACUUUCAUAUAUGGCGAGAAGGUGCCCACCGCUUGCGGUUGAAGCGAAGGGGGAGGGAAGCUCGACAAGCGCGAAAAGAAAUGGCGGAAAGUUUAAGAGCAUCUAGGGCGGCUCAAUCGGCAAAUAUUGUUGAGGAUUUCAGGGCUUCUACUUCUGCUCGACGGCGAGGAAGCUUGGAGAGCCUCUUGGAGGCAACGGGCGUUCUUAAUGGCGUGCAUGAUCCAGACACUGAACUCCAAACUAUCGUACGCGAUGAGCAGGGCCCUAGGACCAAGAAGAGGCACCGCGCUCAAACAACUAUGAAUGGCCGCUCUCCGAGCGAGAAUCAACACAAACGUGGCAAAUCUGACAACCCGCUACGCCGCUCUUUGUUAUCGGACCCAUCAUAUUUGACUGGUGGUUCAAGAAUACACUUGUUACCAAAGUACGAUAUCCAGGAUGAAACUCGUCGCCAGGUUAGUGGAGUACAGACGGACUAUUUCCGCCUAAAAGCCAGAGGAAUCGUGACGCUCCCCAAUGGCACACCGCUCGCAAGUUCAGCUGUCAAGGGUUCAUUGCGCCAAAAACAGUCCUUUGAUGGGAUUACCAAACCAAACACCCCUUCUAAAUUACGUCGCCUCUCACCUCCAAGAAGUGUUCCGUCCAAGUCCACAAGAGACCUGGAAAGCGAUGAAAGUGGCGAUCCACGAGAUGAUCACAUCCACGCACUGAAGCAGCGGGCGCAGGCUGUGCUAUCAGACGAUAAUAGAAUUCGGCACAAGCGGUCUUUCGAUGGUGAUGAUGAAGCACUGUUUGAGAGGGCGAAAAGGGUCAGGGAGCAAAUGGAUGAGGGAGUACAAUGGUACAGGGACGAGAUUGAAAGACGGUCGGGAAGUAGAAGUGUAUCAUAA